UGGUAAAUUGGUUAGUAAAGGCAGGAAGUUGCUUUCUCAUCGUUACACUCAAAAGAUGGCACUUGCUAGUGUGUUAAAUAGUGAUUUUGGUGAUUUUUCUUAUGAAAAAUGCCAGCCGGUCGACUUUAUAGGAGGUAUGGGUCUUAGCGGUGGGGGUUUUGAGUCUGCUCCGGGGGAAAGUCUUAGCUUCACCGUCAAGAACCCGCUGUGUGCCGAAGCCGAAGAUGAUGUCGAGAAGAAAAUACAGUUUCUGCAUGGGACCACCACCUUAGCUUUCAAGUUCCAGCAUGGUGUUAUUGUGGCAGUGGAUUCUCGGGCCACAGCAGGCGCCUAUAUCGCCUCUCAGACGGUGAAGAAAGUGAUUGAGAUCAAUCCAUACUUACUGGGCACAAUGGCUGGAGGAGCUGCAGAUUGUAGUUUUUGGGAGCGUCUUUUAGCCCGUCAGUGCCGCAUCUACGAGCUUCGGAACAAGGAGCGCAUCUCUGUGGCUGCAGCCUCCAAGCUACUGGCAAACAUGGUGUACCAGUACAAAGGCAUGGGACUCAGCAUGGGGACAAUGGUCUGUGGAUGGGACAAGAGAGGACCAGGACUCUACUAUGUGGACUCAGAGGGGAACAGAGUGUGUGGUGACCUGUUUGCAGUGGGCUCUGGCUCCAUGUAUGCCUAUGGUGUGAUGGACAGCGGCCUGCGGCAUGACUUGACCGUGGAAGAGGCCUGUGAUCUGGGGCGCCGUGCCAUCUACCAAGCAACAUACCGUGAUGCCUACAGUGGAGGGCAGGUCAACCUCUACCAUGUCCACAGUGAGGGCUGGACCAGGAUCUCCCAGGAUGAUGUCCUAAAGCUGCACCAGCAGUAUAAGGAGCAGGCUUAGGCCAUAGAGGGCAAAGGGGUGAAUUAUAGUUUUUUUAGGGAUUUGUUCACAUAAAUGUUUAAGAUGUUCUGUAAUGUAACAUAAAUAAAGAAAAAACUCCAAACAGUUCAAUUCUACUUCCAUUACUUCACUGACCCAUUUUGACUUGUGACUAGCUUUAAGCCUUUGUUACAUUGUGUAUUUAAAAACCCAUAAGCUCAAUUUAACCAACACUUAGAAUUACUUGAGGCCUGAGG